AUGGAACUCAACCGAGAACAUUUUUGCGCCAUAAUUUAUUACAACUUUCAGAGACAAUUAUCUCUUAGCGACGAUCCCAGGGUGGGUGCACCAAAAACGGCAGUCACCCAGGGAAACGUCGAUGCUGUGCGCAAACUCAUCAUUGAAGAUAGACAUGUGACAUAUCGCGAGAUUGAGGCGUCCUUGAAGAUCUCAAAGACCUCCAUUCAAAAAAAUUUACAUGAAGAAUUAGGAGUAAGAAAAUUAGUUUCUCGUUGGAUACCCUACCUGUUGACUGAAGAGCAGAAAGCAGCCAGGGUUAAUUGGUGUCAAAAAACACUUGACCGUUUCAAUUCCGGAAUUUUAAAAAAUGUGUACAGCAUUGUUAGUGGUGAUGAAUCGUGGAUUUACUGUUAUGAACCAGAAAAUAAACGACAGUCGGCUCCAACAAAAGUCAUCCGUUCUCGAAGAGUUUCGAAAAAGAUGGUCGCGACAUUUGUGUCAAAAGCGAUCAUCACCGAGCUUCGAAAAAUCAACCCCGAAAGAAGAAUCAUCCUCCACCAAGACAAUGCAAGCUCGCACACAGUCCAAAAAACAAGGCAGUAUUUAACGAAAGAAAACGUGGAAUUAUUGGACCAUCCUCCAUACAGUCCCGAUCUAAGUCCUAACGAUUUCUUUACUUUCCAGAAAAUUAAAAACAGACUGCGUCGUCAAAGGUUCCAGUCACCAGAAGAAGCAGUUGACGCAUUCAAAAAUGCCGUUUUGGAUCUGCCAGCAAACGAGUGGAAUAAGUGCUUCGAAAAUUGCCAGCAUCUGCAUCUUUUAGAAAUAAGAAAAUGUAAUAGUGCAAGGGGCUGA